AUGACCGGGUACCCAGCGCAAAACUUCAACAACAUAUUCAAUGAUUUGCCGUUUGGUGAUGGCAUGCAAGUGGGCAUUGAAGAGAACCUAGGGUUUGAUACGACGUCAUACCCUCAGGCCGACUCAUCAGAAACAACUGGUACAGACGGCCGCUGGCCCGGUAAGAAUCGACAAGGAAGGAGGAGAGGGCGUCCAAGAAUACGGACAGAGGAAGAGGAAUCACCAAACGUCGGCGUUUCUGAAGCCUUGAGAUACGUACCCGGUACUAAACAACAUGAGCGACGCAAAACGCAAAUGAGACUCGCACAGCGAGCUUACCGCGCCCGCAAGGAGGCCACAGUCAUGUCACUAAAUAGUCGCGUUCGUCGAUUGGAAAUCAUCGUGGAGCAGAUCAACACGACAUUCAUCUCGUUCAGCGAUGAGUUGAUAAAAUCCAACGUCUUGAAAUCCGCCCCGAAUGUUACGCAGAAGCUCCAUCAAUCCCUAAAAGCGAGCCUUGCUCUUACCAACCAGGCAAUAUCAGUCGUGGAUGAUGAACAUGGCGAUAUAAGUCCGCCCACCGGUGAUGCGGGUUAUACUUUCCUUGAACGUGGCAACAAGGGCAAAUGCAGCGAGAGCAUCAAACCUGACUCGAAGAACCCUUCAAGGCCUGUGCCACAGGAGGAAGGUCUCGAGGAACCGGAUCCGCUCUUGUCAUAUACCACCGAAGCUCUUCACCCAACAAAGCAAACAGGGAAUGCCCCUCCGCUCCUACUACAGAAUGUCCAUCACACAGCCAUCAGCGAUACAGAGGGAGUUGGAUUUGCCGAGAGACUCUCUCGUGCCUGCGCUGAAUUGGCGUAUAGAGCUUUGAUCGACCCGGCUUUCGAUCCGGUCCCUUCGCACCAAAGGUUUCGCUUUCCGCUGACAAUACUGACGCAACAACAAUUGGCGAUGCAUUUUGAGUCAAUUAUACGAAAUGGGCUUCGGUGCGGGACUCCAUGGGAGCUGGCCAUUCCCUUCUUUAGCAUCGGUGGGGCAGGUCUACACUACAUGGACUACCGCAGGGACUAUUUGGCCCACAUCCCUCAGCAGCGAAGUUUGGUGGACAUUGCUCAGAGCCUUGACCGUGCAGCGGGCGAUGUCUGGUUUGACUGUUAUGACGUUGAAGGAUAUCUCAAAGAAAAAGGCAUCAUCCCCAUCAGCGACUCUCCCGAAGCGAUUGAAUUCCCAUUGCAUCCAGAAUCUCGGAAUAUACAGAGCAGACCACUAUGGAGCAACCUGUAUCAGUCCACAUCCCUGGAAAACAUUCCCCUGCGCGCGAGUACGAGUAAAAUUGUUGCCGAAAGCGUCUUGAUCAGAUUACUAAGCGCAUCUUGCGUUUGUCUCGGGCGUGUUCCUGGCUUUCGCCGAGCGGAGGUUGAGCAAUGUGUGAUGGAGCUGGGGGGAUAG